AUGGGGAAUAUUCAAGGUGUUCUAGAUAGCUGUCUCAAAGAUGGUAACAUUCAAAUCUCUUCUAUAUACAAGGCCAUUUCUUACUCUUCAGCUACUGUAAACUGGUCGAAGUCAGUUUGGGGGGGCUUGCACUAUCCCAAACACUCUUUGAUUAUGUGGCUUGCCAUCCUCUCGAGGCUGCUGACUAAAGACAGGCUAUACCGCAUGAAGAUCUUGGAAGCUAAUCAGAAUCAAUGUGUAUUGUGCACAGGCUCUACGAACAGGCCUGAAUCUAAAAAUCACCUCUUCUUCGAGUGUCAAUACUCAGCUUCUGUCUGGAAUGAUAUGAUGGAAUGGUUAGGCUUUACUUGGAGAUCAUGUGAUUGGAAUUGUGUGAUGAAUUGGUUUAAUAACAACCUGAAGGGGUUAGGAUUUAUGAAGAAGGUGAAGAGAAUGGUGCUAUCAGCAACAAUAUAUUGGAUAUGGAAGGAGAGGAACUCAAGAAUUUUUCAGCAAAAAUGUAGAAGCUCCGAUCAACUUGUGAGGGAGGUGAAGAUUUCUGUCCUUAUGAAAGUGCUGCAGGAAAAAGUUCCAGACCAUUUGAGAGAAAGAAUUAAUAGAUUGUAA